CGCGACCACUACCUGCGCAUGUUCCAUGUAGCUCCCUCGCCGCUUCAUAUCCUCCUGGCGGCACGGCCUUGAUGCUGGCGACACAAGUCUACAGUGACCUGCUAGGUAGACCAACCCACCCCUCGCCAUCAUGCCCCAGCAAGACGAGCCUGGUUCCUACUUCCAGAAUCCCCCGCCUGCGGAAGUCUAUGGUUAUGUGGAGAACCCGGCGGAGUUGACGGACGGGUCAGACGACGAAGACCAAGAGCAAGACAUCUAUCGUGGUCGACGGCCAUCGCCUCCGAGGUCGCCUUCGCCGUCGUCAUCCUCGAAGACAUCCUCCUCGUCCUCCUCGAGCUCCAGCGGUUCUGUCUUUGGUGGUCGGCUAGGUGCAAUCUCUGCUGGAGUCGAGCAUGCGAUCUCGCGCUGGGCUAGAGCAUGGACAUCUACAUCCUCUCUGUCUUCCUCGAGCUCGAGCUCGGCGUCGGUCAUAACCCUCACCAAGUCUCAGACGGCACGGAGGCGCAAACGUCGACCGCGCAGCCUUGCGACUUUGCAUAACGCGCGCUCCGAGCGUGAGGUCGCCGCCCGCAUUCGUGCUCGCGAGGACCUUCGGAACAUUCCCCGGGGCUUUGUCCUUUACACGCCCCAAGCUGCCGCCUCCGAGCGUGGACGCAAGCGCGACGUCCCUCAUGAAUCCGUCUUUCGCACGACAUCCCUUCCAGAUGUCACCAACCGUCUGAGCGCAGUAUUGCGGGAGCGUGCAAGAGUACGCCGUACCAGAGCGGAACCUAUCACCCCGGCACCCUCGCGCCCUCUCUCACCGCUUCACCAUGACUAUAUGCUCUCGGACGAGUCGAGUGUUGCGCGGUCUUCUUCUCCGCCUGGUUCUGGCGUAUCCACGCCCAAUCUCCCACGGCGAGGAGCUAAGGGAAAGCAGAGGGCGGGGCUGCCGCAGGACGUACCGAGUUUUCAUGGUGUUUCAACGACGAAGAGCCAGCUCCCUGGAAGCUUAACCUCGCGAGUGCCGAAGGCUUGGUGGUUGGAUGUAUGUUCGCCGACCUGGGAGGAUAUGUGUGCGAUCGGCAAGCUCCUCCAUCUGCAUCCAUUGACACUCGAGGAUAUCCUCACCCAAGAUCCACGAGAGAAGCUGGAGCUAUUUCCUAAGUUGGGCUACUAUUUCAUUUCGUUCCGGGCCAUCGAGAGUCAGAAAACGCGGGAACGUGUGCGGAACCUUCUGAGCGUCGACGACGCUGCUCUCCGUCAGACCGACGAGGGCGUAGUCGGCGAGGUCAACGUUUAUUUAAUCAUAUUUCGAGAGGGUAUAUGCUCGUUCCAUUUUGCGGACAUUGAAGAGCACGUAGACAGAGUGCGCACCAGGAUAAUGCUCAUGGGAGAGAGCAUCAAUACCUCGUCAGACUGGAUAGCCCACGGUAUUAUGGACUCCAUCGUCGACUCUUUCUUUCCUUUCCUAGCAGUCAUUGAACGGGAGGUCCUGGAUAUUGAAAACCUCGUGUUCUCUCUCGGCGGUAAUUCUGGAUUACCUGUCAAGGGCGCAACCACCAAACGACGCUCCCAGUCCUCUGAAUCGGACACGGCUCUACUCUCUGAGAAGUCAGCGGCGAUCGAUGCAGACGAGAAGCAAAUGUUCGUCGGUAUUGACAAGGAGAAGAUGCCCUCAGCUCCGCGGCCGCGAUUCUUAGCUCCUACCACUCUCCCUCUGCUUAUGCGUCGAGCUAGGCGUGCCAUUCGUGAUGCUAUCGCAUCCAUUCCUCGGUUUAGAUCCAUCGACGAACCCUUGCCUGAAUAUCGACCUACAACCACGAUACAUCGGAUGGCCCGCACGCGGAGGCUUGUCACUUCAUUGGCCCGUUUCUUGGCGGUCAAAUCAGAAGUUGUGGCCCAAGUUAAGAAGCGGCUCCUGACGCAAGGAGAAUGGGGCCUGGGGACCGGGACCGAGCAUGAUCUUGACGUCUUCGUUUAUAUGGGAGAUGUCCAAGACCAUAUUAUUACCUUGCAACAGGCACUCGCGCACUUUGAGCGCACGCUUAACCAGUCCCACCCGACACAUCUCGCCCAGCUCCGGCUCUCGGUCAACAAGGCGAAGUCGGGAACUGACAAGGCCAUCGUGAGCCUUACUGUCAUCUCCCUCGGAGUGCUUUGUGUCCAGACCCUACUCGCUUUGGCCUCGAUGAACGCCAAAAUCCCUGCCGACCCCAUACCUUCCAACCGCUAUGACGCCUUUGCUGCCGUUCUCGCGCUCUCCGUCAUCAUCAUGACUGUCUACGGGUUUGUGGUUCGCCAUUGGUGGACACAGGCGAAACGCCGUCGCAUAAAGAUGUUAUAAAUUAUUCUCGACGGACAUUAUCCAGAGCCUCUCUG